CUGGGCGGGGUGGCAGACUGCGGAGGGGCGCUCGGCCAUCGGCCCCCGGCCCCCGGCCCCCGGCCCCCAGCCGCCGGCCCCGAGGAGCAGACCCAGAAGCUAGGCAGGCCUGUCCCGUCUCCAGUGGAACGGGAAGAGCCGUGAAGGUCCCAGCCGGGGUCCCCGCUCAUGGAGGAGAAAGGAGCGGCGGAGCGAAGCGAGGAUGUCGAGGAAGGAGCCGGCACGCGGGUCGCCUCGCCCGGCCUCUCAGAGAUCCGGCCCUGCCCGGCCCCCGAGCCGGUGAGGGGCCGAGGGGGCCGCGGGCCGAUGGCGCGCUCCCGACGCGAAGCCGGCGGCGGCGGCCCCAGAGGGUGGCAGAAAGUCCUCUACGAGCGGCAGCCCUUCCCCGAUAACUACGUGGACCAGAGGUUCCUGGAAGAGCUGCGGAAGAACGUCUCCGCCCGGAAGUACCGGUACUGGGCAGUGGUGUUCGAGUCGGGCGUGGUGAUCCAGCAGCUCUGCAGCGUCUGCGUCUUCGUCGUCAUCUGGUGGUACAUGGACGAGGGCCUGCUGGCCCCGCAGUGGCUCUUUGGGGCCGGGCUGGCCUCCUCCCUGCUGGGCUACGUCUUGUUCGACCUGAUCGACGGCGGCGCCGGGCGGCGGGAGAGCGGGCGCACCCGCUGGGCCGACCUGAAGAGCGCGCUGGUGUUCGUCGCCUUCACCUACGGCUUCUCCCCGGUGCUGAAGACCCUCACCGAGUCCGUGAGCACCGACACCAUCUACGCCAUGUCGGUCUUCAUGCUCCUCGGCCACCUCAUCUUCUUCGACUACGGCGCCAACGCCGCCAUCGUGUCCAGCACCCUGUCCCUGAACAUGGCCAUCUUUGCCUCCGUCUGCCUGGCCUCCCGGCUGCCCCGCUCGCUGCACGCCUUCGUCAUGGUGACGUUCGCCAUCCAGAUCUUCGCCCUGUGGCCCAUGCUGCAGAAGAAGCUGAAGGCCCGCGCGCCCCCGGCCUACGUGGCGCUCACCUUGCUCUUUGCCCUCUCGUCCUCGGCCGGCCUGCUGACCAUCAGCGCCGUGGGGGCCGUCCUCUUUGCCCUCUUCCUACUUGCCAUCUCCUGCCUCUGCCCUUAUUACCUCAUCCGCCUGCAGCUCUUCAAAGAAAACAUUCACGGACCGUGGGACGAGGCCGAGAUCAAAGAAGACCUGUCCAGGUUCCUCACCUAGACGGGCUGAGGGGGAGGGGAAAGGGGAAGAGGAGGUGGUCGGUGAUGGGGAGGAGGCCGGGAAGCCACAGGGAGAGAUGUCAACGGAGGCGACGGACCAAAGAAGGAAACAGAAAGGGGUUGAGAAAGGGAGCGGUGGCCCGGCGGCGUUGUGGGGGAAGUGGGGGAAGACCUGCCCUUUCCACCACAGGGCACCAAACCCUUCCGGCUGCUCUCUCCUUGGGUUUUCAAGUUUGCUUGGGCGAAUAAAGACAUGCGGUUUGCAUGAAAGAUAUCACA